GCCUUAAUGAGUGAUAGUGAAAGCAGAAGGAAGGUCAUCCGCCAUUUCUUUGCGUCCUCAACGUCCUUCUUUCUACUCGUGCAUCCCGUUUCCCUCACGUUUUCUCCAUUUUUACCAGCAGUUUAUUUUUCUUUUCUCUAAACAUCGUUUUCUCUGUCGGAAUUUACCGAACCUUCUCAGAAACCUAACCCACUUUUAGUCCUUCCUUAUCUCUACAGCUAGGCUAGAUGUUUCAUUUAUAUAUACACACAUAUUAUUGUACCCAUAUCGUUUCACACAUUUUAGGUAGCUCAGACCAGAGCAUCCUUGUAGUUUAUUUGCAUUUUUUAUUCCAUUUUAUAUCCCUGAUUUUUAUUCUCUGUUGCUGCUCUUUCUGGUGGGUUGCGUUCAUAUUGUGAUGGGGAAUUGCGCUCCUUGUUCAGCAAAAGUUGAUGCCAGUCUGAGCUCUCUCGCCCCUUCUGGAAAUGUAGCUUCUGAAACCUUGGAAGUUCCCAGCAAAAGGAAAAUCUCUUACGUUCCUCCCGCCAUAAAGAUUCCAUCAUCUAGUAGAAAAAACAGUACGGACAGCUUUUCCACGCCAAGAUCAGAAGGAGAAAUAUUACUAUCCCCAAAUGUGAAAGCCUUCACAUUUCUUGAGCUGAAAAAUGCCACCAGAAAUUUCAGACCGGACAGCCUUCUAGGAGAAGGGGGGUUUGGGUAUGUAUUCAAAGGAUGGAUCGAUGAACAUACUCUUACCCCUACAAGACCUGGAUCUGGGAUUGUCAUUGCCGUUAAGAAGCUGAAACCGGAAGGAUUUCAGGGUCAUAAAGAGUGGCUGACUGAAGUUAAUUAUCUCGGGCAACUCCAUCAUCCAAACCUGGUUAAACUUAUUGGAUACUGCACAGAUGGAGACAACCGGCUCUUGGUUUAUGAAUUCAUGCCUAAAGGAAGCUUGGAGAAUCAUCUUUUUAGAAGGGGCUCACAGCCACUGAGUUGGGCCACCAGGAUCAAGGUAGCUAUUGGUGCUGCUAGAGGCCUUGCUUUCCUGCAUGAUGCUGAAGAGCCUGUUAUAUAUCGUGAUUUUAAAGCAGCUAAUAUUCUUCUUGACACGGAAUUCAAUGCCAAGCUGUCUGAUUUCGGUUUGGCUAAGGAUGGCCCGACAGGUGAUCGCACUCAUGUGUCUACUCGAGUAAUGGGUACACAGGGCUAUGCAGCACCAGAAUAUGUAGCUACAGGUCGGUUGACGGCAAAAAGUGACGUUUAUAGCUUUGGAGUCGUGAUGCUUGAAUUAUUGUCGGGGCGCCGUGCCGUAGACAACUCUAAACACGGUGUAGAGCAGUAUCUCGUGGAUUGGGUCAAGCCAUAUUUGGGGGACAAGAGGAAGCUGUUUAGGAUCAUGGACACUAAAUUGGAGGGACAGUACCCUCAGAAAGCAGCAAUUGUAGCUGCAAGCCUUGCCCAGCGGUGUCUAAGCCCAGAACAUAAGCUUAGGCCGCGUAUGUCUGAAGUUCUGGAAGAGCUUGAACAACUCCAAGCCCCAAAAGGCUCUUCUUCUAAAACCUCCCAACAGGAGCAUAAAACCAGUUAUGACCAUGUCAGAAAGCGGGAUACGUCGCCUUCUAGUAAGAAGUCGCAACGUGUUAGAUGAGGUGGAGUAGCACAUGAGAGUCUCUCCUCAAGCUUAGCUUUUUUUACCAAUUUGGCUUGAUAAUUUUUUCUAUGUGAAAUGACUUGACACAAAGUUUGUAUUUUGUAGUCUGCGCGUAUGUAUAUAUGGUAAUGAGUAAAAAAUUAUGUGAGUAACUGAGUAUAGAAAGGCAAAGGAUGUGUAUGGUUAAUAAUAAUAAUAGGAUACUCUAUUUAAUCUUUUGUAUUUCCAAAUUAGCUUCUAA